AUGCACGAUCUUUUACAAACAUGGAAGGCAGAUAUUGAUGGAAAACUUAAAAAAUAUCAAAACAGUGUUGAUACUAACAAAUCCUCUCUUGAAAAACAGAUCGCUAAACAAAAAAUCUUCUCAAAACAAGAUAAUAUUGAUCUUAUGGUUUUAAAUUACGUCAGAGUUCAAGCCUAUCAAUCAGUACACGAAAAAAUAUCCCUUAUUUUUAAAAAUGUUGCAUUUAUUGAAAAAAAAAAUAUUAGUGACGAUAUAAAAGCCGCAAUCGAAUAUCUAAGUUCCUUUGAAAAACUAGAAGGAGAUAAAACAGCCACAAAUGCAAUGAAAAAACUCAAAAAAUACUAUACUUGUUCAAAAACUCCAGUACCCGUUUCAAAUGAAGUCAAUUUAGCCUUACAACGCAAAAAUUUCACACCAGAAGAAUAUGUAAAUGUUAUAGUUGAGAUUUCUUCUCAAAUUCACGAUCAACAUUACAUUUUAUUAAAUCAUAUUGCAAAUACUGCACAAUACAAGCAAGCCGCUAAAGAUAUGCUUGCUCAACUACAACCACCGACACCAGUUUAUACUCCUCAACCCUCAAUUCCUCCAAAUCAAUAUCCUCCCCAAGGAUUUCCACAAAAUAUUCCACCAACACCACCGCAGUAUCCAAUACAAAGCCAAAAUAUGCAAGGCCAAGACAUGCAUCAGUUCCAAAACCCAUUUUACAAUCCAAAUCAGCAACAGUUCAAUAUUCCUCCUCCGCAGUUUAACCAACAGCAACCACAACAGCCACAGAACAUGGCUGCACCUCAGUAUUCUCCUCCUCAUUCAAAUCCGAUUUUUCCGAAUCCGCAGUUUUCUCAAUCCAACACUCCCAGCCAGAUGUAUCCUCCAAAUCCUAACCAACCAUAUAUUGCUCCGAUCACUCCUCCUUCAAAUCCAUAUUAUUCCCAAAAUAAUCAGUCCAAACACCAGCCAAUACAGUCCAGAUCGUCAAGUUCAUCAAGAAUACAGAGUCCGCCACCUAAUGUCCCACCUGGACAACCACAGAACUCUAAUUCUUAUCCAUCAGCAAUUCCAACUGGUAUUCCUUCAAUGUACCAGUCAAAUUACAUGUACCAGGACCAACAAUCCAUGUCAAAGAACCAAUUCUACAUAGCUCCGGGAAAUUCUCAAACAAAUAACCAAAUUAACGAAAUUCCUCAAGUUCCGGUUCCAACCGAUACUGAAAACAUGAAACCUGUGAAGCAGGAAUCAUCAACAGAAUCAGAAAUCAAUGAAACAGAAAAGAAUACACCUCAUAUCCCAAUAUUUAACCAUGAAAAGGGUCCAGGAACCCCACAGAACCCUGACCAAGCUGAUAUAGUCAUGCCUUUCUUUAAUAUUUCUCCUACAUUCCCUGAUGAUGUUAAUUUAUAA